GGUGACCUUCAUACAUUAGUCAUGAGCCGAAGUCCUCUUGGAGGAGUCGAUCUGCUGCUCGACGCCUCCACCUCCACCAUGAGGCGUGUGUUUCUGCCCUGGGCGGCCGCCGCUGUCUUCUUGCUGGGACACGCGAACGCUUCAGGAAAAACCAAACCGGGAAGCGCAUUGCAACUUCAGGUGAUCAACUUUAAUUUCGAAACGGUGCAGGUUACGUGGAACACAAGUGCAUACGCUGGGAUUAAUUUCACGUUCAUUUACAAAUUCCAUAAAAAGGAGGAAUACAGACCAUGCCCCGACUACAUCCUUCAACACGGUUACAGUGCCGGGUGCCUGCUGGAGGUACAAAGAGAUGGACCUCUGUAUUUUUCCAUCCGGAAUGGAACAGAGCCUCUUCUCACCAAGGACCUGGCGAUUAGUACUUACCUGAAACCCAGAUCCCCCGGCGCCCUGAACUUCCAGUGGCACGAGGAGGCCGUGACGGUGACCUGCUCCAGCCUGGGAUACAACGAUCUGCAGUACGAAAUCCAACACAAGACCGUCUUUGACGCUGAGUGGCAGUCCACAGAGGCAGAGACCUGCAACGUCACCAUCGACGGUUUGGAUACUGAGAAGUGUUAUUUCUUCCGGGCCAGGGUGAAAGCCCUGGAGUUUGCCUACGGCUCAGAAACGUACCCCAGUGACUGGUCAGAGGUGACAUACCAGCAGAGGGGUGAGCUGCGAGAUUCAUGCUGGGAAAACAGCCAUUUCCCCAAAUUUAUUUUAAUUGCUGGCAUGGUCUCCUUCCUGACAGUCUUCCUUCUGCUUCUGUCUCUAUGGAAACUGCACAGGAUUAAGAAGGUUCUCAUGCCCAGCGUCCCUGAUCCCAAGUUCUCCUUCUUGGGGCUCUUUGAGUCCCACCAAGGUAACUUCCAGGAGUGGAUCAAGGACACGCAGAAUGUGGCGCCCUUGAACAAAAUGGAAGACGGGGAGCUGGAGUGCGCCCCUGAAGACGCCGUGGUGGUCCAGCCGGCCGAGGCCGAGAUGCCCAAGACUGUGCUGAUGACGAGCCCGCUGUACCCGCAGACGGGGGAGGAAGAAGCCACCGGGGACUUCAGCCAGCUCCCUCGCCAGCCGCCCCAGGGCCGUGGGGUGGUCUCUCUUGGGGAUUUCACGUUUGUGAUGAGCGACAACUCUUACAUGAUGUUAUGAGGGGGUGCAAACUCACAAGCCAACAUCGCAAUCUACGUUGAUGCUUGACGACCUGGGAGAACAUCUUGGGAGCCAAAAAAUCCACCACGAAGGGGACUCCCCAGAACCAAGGGUGCUGAUGUCUAAGGUCACCCAGUGCUCCAAUGCCCCAACCCGCAUCUGAGGUCACCCAGCACCCCUACACCCCCAACCAAUGCCUCCCAUUCAUGGCGACAUCCAGGGGCUUGAAGGUGGACUGCCUGUAGGCGGCAGACGCUUGGUCGGGCUGGUUCUUGCUGUCUCCUGGCUCACAUACAUCAUAAGGGAAGAUGACCAAGACCACCCUGCUUUGCACAUGCCCACCCACUACUGUCCUUCCCAUAUCCACUCGCAAGAGGUUCCUGCAUCAUUUCUCACUCAUCACACGUACCCAGCAGGCGAGGUGCAGAAUGUCUGCUUUACUGACACCAGCCACCCGCCUCGACCCCAGAGAGGCAAAAAAGCCCCUUUCUGCAAUCACCGAGGCAUUUUACAAAUCGCGGUUCCGUUAAACCAGUGACUCGGGACCUUGCUCCUGAGAGAUGCUUGAAUGUAAUGACGCUCUGCAGGAACAGAGCUUCCCAGGCUGAAUGUACAUCAUUGUUUCUUUUUUGAUACUGAAAUUUUUUAAAAAGUGUGACCAUGAAAACUA